UACUUCUCUGCUAUUCCAGGUCUCACAUGAAGUUUUGAAAAUUGUGUUUAGGUUGGGUUUACUCAUCUACCGCAGAUCCGAAGAUCGGCGAUCGUUGAUCCCCAGAACAAUUGCCGCUCUGCGAUGCGUGGCCAAUCUCCUUCUAGGGCACAGUAUUCCAGCCAAGAAGUGUCUAGAAGUGCGCACUUGACCCACAUUUCUGGGCCGAGAUCUCCGAGAGAGAUCAGAUCGUGACGGAUGACGGAUGAUGGGGCACAUUUCGGGUAUUUAAGCGGCUGUCGGUUUAGCCCCAGGCGGAAUUCAAUCAUGGACGCUCAAUCACUGCGAUUGCUGCUGCUGAUCGCUUCGAUCUUGGCCAUCUCGCCUUCGGAGACCUCGGCCAGGGGCUGCGGGUCCGGGCUCCAGGUGCGGGCCCAAAGCGAGCCCCUGGAUCUCAGUCGGCUGAGUGAGAAGCAGCUGCACCAGCUCGUCCAGCAGCUGGAGAAGCUUCAGACCCACAAAUACGAUGACGGCGAUCUCGAGGACGAGGAUGAGAAGAACCAGGAUCGCGAUGGGGGUCAGAACCAGGAUCAGGAUCAGGAUCUGGACCUGGCGGAGCCCGAGGACGAUCACCGGGGCAGCAGUCGUCCGUGGAACAGAGUUCAGCGGAUUAUCCGGCGGCAGUUGGUGAAGAUUCCCAGCAGGUACCUGCGAAGGCUGCUCAGGCAGUUCGGCCUGGCCAGAAGCCUCGCCUCCAGCAGGGUCUCCAGUGCGGAGCUUGUGCCGCAGCUGGAGGAGUACUACCUGAUACCCCUCGAGUGAAAUAAAGAGCCCGUUGCGAUAACCACAACCACGUCUCCCGCAAAAUCGUUAAGACCUGCAUACCACUAGGCACUCUUCUCUGGCAGAUAAAGUGCUGCUAGAGAGCGC